UGUAACUGACUCAUUUCAAAUUUGGUGGUUGCAGGAUUAUGCUAAAUUAAGGCUGGUUGGCUAUAUCGAAUUGCUCGUCAAUUUCCUCAUUAACAGACUGCAAACUGAUAACAUACUCAGUACCUGUGUAUUGUAAUAUAUGUUUAUUUUUUCUUUGCAUUUCUUUGGUUUUUGUUUUCUUUUUGUGGUUUUGUGUUUUGUGUUGUUGUUGUGAAUUACAGGUUUUAUUUCAAUUGUAAACAAUGAAGAAGGCUUUUGGGUCACCUCAAACACCAAGCAUCAGUACUCUUUCCAGAAGGCCUAAGAUCACACGUCCUCUGCGAAAGCAAUUGGCAACUCCAAUACAAAAUGGGGACAGGUUUAUUGCUAACAGAAGUUCCAUAGAUUUUGAUUGGGCUCGGUAUCUGGUAAAUAAAAGCAAUAUCAUUGGAAAUAAAGCCUCCAUGGAAGAAUAUGACAGGGAGCCAGCAGCUAGUUUGGUUAUUGAUUCUAGUAAGAUAUCAAGAAUUUUGAGCUUUAGUAGAAAGCCUUCUGGACAGGGAUUGCAAUCCAUCUACUCCAAAGCUCCUUCUGUUGAUACUAGAGUCAGAACUAGCAGAUCACAGAGCCGCUACAUACCUCAACAUGCAGGGAGAACUUUGCAUGCCCCAUAUCUUGUUGAUGAUAAUCAUUUGAAUCUGCUGGAUUGGAGUGACAGCAAUAUUUUGUCUAUAGCACUUGGCAAUGCAGUUUACUUAUGGGAUGCAAACACAAGAACUACUUCUGAGUUAUUGACAGUAGACGAUGAUGUUGGUCCAAUAAGCAGUGUCAAUUGGGCACCUGAUGGAAAACACAUUGCCAUUGGAUUGACUAGUUCUGCUGUACAGAUAUGGGACUCUACAUGCAAUCGAGAGUUGAGAUCCUUGAAAGGUCAUCAUGGCCGUGUAGGCUCACUUUCCUGGAAUGACACUAUUCUUGCAACUGGUGGUAGGGACAGUUCAAUAAUUAUCCAUGAUGUCCGUAUCCGUAAUUCCAAUGUUAAGACAUACAGAGGCCAUGAGCAGGAAGUUUGUGGAUUGAAAUGGUCCUUAUCUGGCCAGCAACUUGCGAGUGGAGGCAGUGACAACUUGCUUCACAUCUGGGACAAGAGCAUGUCAUCCUCUAAUGUUAGAAAUCAGUAUCUUCACAGGAUUGAUGAACAUUUUGAUGCAGUUAGAGCCUUGGCAUGGUGCCCUUUCCAGCACAAUCUUUUGGCAUCUGGUGGAGGUCUUGCAGACCAAUCUAUUAAGUUAUGGAAUAGUCUUACUGGAGCAUGCCUAAAUACCAUUGACACCAACUCUUCAGUUUGUGCGUUGUUGUGGAAUAGGCAUGAGCGUGAGCUUUUGAGUUCACAUGGGUAUAGUGAGAACCAAUUGACCUUAUGGAAAUACCCAUCUAUGGCAAAGACUGCAGAACUUACUGGCCAUACUUCUAGGGUGCUGCAUCUGGCACAGAGCCCAGAUGGGUAUACUGUUGCAUCGGCUGGAGCAGACGAGACACUAAGGUUUUGGCAAGUCUUUGGAAUUCCUGAUACCUCAGGGACUACCAAAACUAAAGAGCCAGAGGGUACCCUCAACUCUUAUCUUAUGCAUAUUCGCUAGUAGUCAGUUGAUGCAAUGGAACGAGAAAAUUUAAACUUCAGAUGUAUGUAGACUGCUCCAUAAGCUUUGACAAGUCUUUUGAACUCCGGAAUACUUGAAGGGGACCCCAAAGUAGACAGACAUCAGGAUGCCUCCAGGUUAAGGAUUCAUCUUCAACAAUCAAAUGCCUCAUUAGGAACGAGUUUGGGACGGGAUAUGCAUUUAUUCUCUGCUGCGCGGAGCAUCAUCUGCAAAGGAGGAAAACCACUUAUUCUCCAGCCAAGAAGAGCUUUGCAUUUUCAAUGAGUUCUCAGAGUACAAAAGUGAGGGAAUUUCAAGUGAGGAGAGCUACAAUUUCUGUUAAGCGAAGCAAUUUCUUUCUCCUCAUCAAAUAAUAGGUUUGAUGUUCAAUGAGAGUCUCUUUUUGUAAAGGGAGAAAUUAUCCUCCUCAGCCAAGAAUGGAUUUAACAUACCCUUGCUUAGUGCACUCGUGAAAGUGCCUAUGUUUUUUCUUGGGCGUUUUUAAACGACGCUAACGUUGAGGAAGUCCAAAAAUCUUGAAGCUUUUUGUCCUUAAAAUGGUUACAUAUUCUCGUUCCCUUUCUUAAGAAAAGUUAAAUUUAAGUUAAAAUUCUUACUGCAUUCUUAGUGAUUGCUGGUGUAGUUGCAAAGUUGUAACCAUUAACCUCUAAUAAAUUUCUGUAGGCCAUUUUUAAUUUAACUUGGGCAUAAUUUCCUGAAACGUUUGUUUUUCUUCCAUUGAGUACCUGAACCACAGGCUAAACAGAAGGUAUCCAAGCAUUAGAGAGCCUGUAUGACAUUAUACUCUUCUUCAAGAGAGUGACAAAUGGGUUGUCAGCAAAAUAAUCAUAAUUAAACUUUCUUUUGUAUGGAAGAAAAUUUUCAUUAGAAGAAAUUAUGUAAUUUUUAAUUUGUAAGAGGAAAAAUAUAUUUGGAUACUUUGGCAGUGUUUAGGGGGGAAGUAGUUUGUCUAUUCGCA